GCGGGCUCGCUGCGCGUGCCGGGCGGGGAGACGGCGCGAGCCGGGCGCCUGAGAACGUCCGCCGCGGGGGCGGCUCCGGGGCCUGAGCGGGCUCCGCCGCCACCUCGGCCGCCGGGCCCGGGCCGCAGGAGGCGCAGGAGGCUGCGGCCGCCCGAGACCUUCGCGGCGUCCCCAGCUCCGGCCGGGAAAACUUUUUCAUUUUCCCCACCGGAAACUCGGUACCCACCAAACACCUCCCUUCAGCCCCUGGCAACCACCAUUCUACUAUCUCUAUGACUUUGACUACUCCAGAGACCUCAAAAUGAUUGAGGAAAGUGGGAACAAGCGGAAGACCAUGGCAGAGAAGAGGCAGCUGUUCAUAGAAAUGCGUGCUCAGAAUUUUGAUGUCAUACGGCUAUCAACUUAUAGAACAGCUUGCAAAUUACGAUUUGUACAAAAACGAUGCAACCUCCAUCUUGUUGAUAUCUGGAACAUGAUUGAAGCCUUCCGAGACAAUGGCCUUAAUACACUGGACCAUAGCACUGAGAUCAGUGUGUCCCGCCUCGAAACAGUCAUCUCCUCUCUCUACUACCAGCUGAAUAAGCGCCUUCCUUCUACUCACCAAAUCAGUGUGGAGCAGUCUAUCAGCCUCCUCCUCAACUUUAUGAUUGCUGCAUAUGACAGUGAGGGCCGAGGCAAGUUGACCGUAUUUUCAGUUAAAGCUAUGUUAGCAACCAUGUGUGGUGGAAAAAUGCUGGACAAAUUGAGAUAUGUUUUCUCCCAGAUGUCAGAUUCCAGUGGCUUAAUGAUAUUUAGCAAGUUUGACCAGUUUCUGAAGGAAGUUCUGAAGCUCCCAACAGCUGUCUUUGAAGGGCCGUCUUUUGGUUACACAGAACACUCAGUCCGCACCUGUUUUCCCCAGCAGAAAAAGAUAAUGCUAAAUAUGUUUUUAGACACAAUGAUGGCCGAUCCUCCUCCCCAGUGCCUUGUCUGGCUACCUCUCAUGCAUAGGCUCGCCCACGUUGAGAAUGUCUUCCAUCCCGUGGAAUGCUCUUACUGCCGCUGUGAGAGUAUGAUGGGUUUCCGGUACCGAUGCCAGCAGUGCCACAACUACCAGCUCUGCCAAAACUGCUUUUGGCGUGGCCAUGCCAGCGGCCCUCACAGCAACCAACACCAGAUGAAGGAGCACUCCUCUUGGAAAUCCCCUGCAAAGAAGCUGAGCCAUGCAAUUAGUAAAUCUUUGGGGUGUGUACCCACCAGAGAACCUCCGCAUCCUGUUUUUCCUGAGCAACCAGAGAAACCACUUGACCUUGCAAAUAUUGUUCCGCCUCGCCCCCUGGCUAAUAUGAAUGACACCAUGGUGAGCCACAUGUCCUCUGGAGUGCCCACCCCCACCAAGAGGUUACAGUAUAGCCAGGAUAUUCCCAGUCACUUGGCCGAUGAGCAUGCGCUGAUAGCCUCCUAUGUGGCCCGUCUGCAACACUGUGCACGUGUCCUGGACAGUCCUAGCCGACUAGAUGAGGAACACCGGCUUAUAGCUCGCUAUGCUGCCCGGCUGGCUGCAGAAGCAGGAAACAUGACCCGUCCUCCUGCUGAUUUGAGUUUUAACUUUGAUGCCAACAAACAACAAAGACAGCUUAUUGCAGAACUGGAAAACAAAAACAGGGAGAUCCUGCAAGAGAUUCAGCGUCUUCGCCUGGAACAUGAGCAGGCUUCCCAGCCCACCCCCGAGAAGGCACAACAGAACCCCACGUUGUUGGCAGAGCUGCGGCUGCUGAGGCAGAGGAAAGAUGAGCUGGAGCAGAGAAUGUCGGCGCUACAGGAGAGCAGGCGCGAGCUGAUGGUUCAGCUGGAAGGGCUGAUGAAGCUGCUGAAGGAGGAAGAACAAAAGCAGGCAGCUCAGGCCACAGGGUCACCACAUACAUCGCCCACACAUGGAGGUGGCCGCCCAAUGCCCAUGCCUGUCCGCUCAACGUCAGCUGGCUCCACCCCCACCCACUGUCCACAGGACCCCCUGAGUGGAGUCGGGGGAGACAUGCAGGAGGCCUUUGCACAAGGUACGAGGAGAAACCUCCGCAAUGACCUGCUGGUGGCUGCUGACUCCAUCACCAACACCAUGUCAUCCCUGGUGAAGGAGCUCCAUUCAGGUGAAGCCCAGAGCUCCCGCACGGCCUCACGCCUCCCCUUCCAGCCCCAUGGCCUCCUCACUUCCUCAGCACUUGGUUAGCAGAGGAGCCGGGACAGAGAGGAAGCGCGGGCACAGGGAACAUGCAGCAAGCUGGCGUUGACACGAGGAAGGCGAGGCCCUCCCCCGGAGGCGCAUUCCUGUCCAUCUUUCUGCUGCACACCUG